CAGACAACUUUGGCCCAGCCUAACAGAAAAUAGAACUUGAACAAGUCACGUUACACUCUCAGUUGUUUUUUGUCUGUUGUUUUUCUUGUGUUAGUGAACGUGAAAAUGGAAAAAAAAGAUGAAGUGUGUGCUCAUAUUACUCCUCUGCUGCCAUGCUGUAUCUCUGGUAAAACACUCCCUGAAGUAUUUCUUCACUGAAACCCCAGGAGCUCAGAGCAUCCCAGAGUAUGUGGUUGUUGCAUUUGUUGAUGAAGUUCCUAUAGGUGACUUCAACAGUGUAAGAGGAGCAAAACCAAAGAAAGACUGGAUUAAAUUCUUUGAGGAUCAUCCUCAGCACCUGGAGUGGUAUAGAUUAAAAUCUGUGGAUAGACAUCACUUCUUGAAGGCUACCAUUGAGACUUUGAGGCAACGUUUAAACCAAACUGAAGGUGUUCAUAUUUUGCAAAAGUUGGAUGGCUGUGAAUGGGAUGAUGAGACUGGAGAGAUUAAUGGGUUCAAUCAGUACGGUUAUGAUGGAGAAGACUUUCUAGCACUUGAUCUGCAGACACUGACAUGGAUCGCUGCAAAACCACAGGCUGUCAUCACCAAAAUAAAAUGGGAUGCUCAAAAAGGUCGAGUAGAAGAAAAUAAAAACUUUUUUGUUGAUCAGUGCCCUGAGUUUUUAAAGGAGUAUUUGCGAUAUGGGAGGAGAUUUCUGCAGACAACAGUCCUUCCUUCAGUGUCUCUCCUCCAGAAGACUCCCUCCUCUCCAGUCAGCUGCCACGCUACAGGUUUCUAUCCUGACAGAGCCGUGAUGUUCUGGAGGAAAGAUGGAGAGGAGCUUCAUGAAGGUGUGGAUCCUGGAGAGAUCCUCCCCAACAAUGAUGAUACCUUCCAGUUGAGUGUUGAUCUGAAUGUUUCAUCAGUCACACCUGAAGACUGGCAGAGGUACGACUGUGUGUUUCAGCUCUCUGCUGUGAAAGAACACAUCGUAACCAAACUGGACAAAACAAUGAUCAGGACCAACUGGGCAGAAAAGCCAGCUGACACUGUGACCUUCAUCAGUGCUGCAGUGGUUGUUCUAACUGUCACCAUCAUCACAGCUGUGGCAUUUGUAACUUACAAAAAGAAGAAAGCUCCUGACGAUGGCUCUGAGCAGUCUGAGAGACUAAAUCCACAAAGUUGACUGUCCUGCAAAGAGUUCUUCACUCCACUCUCUGUGUGACUUUCCUCCAGCUGCUGAAGUUUAUUCCAUAGUUCAAAGAAAUAUGCUAAAAACACCUAUGAAUAAAUAAAGCACAGGUAAUGAUCACUGUGAACAGGCUGCGGCACUUACUGUAAAUUAAUGAAUGGUCAUAUAUUUGUAUCUAGCUGCUAUGUGUACGUGUUUCAUGUAUUUGUGAUUUUAUUCUGUUUCAGUACGUAAUCACCGUAUCAAUGCAGUGGUAUCACAAGUCUUCUACAAAGCAAAAGUAAAUGUUUCAACUUUAUUGAUAGUUAUGCAUCUGACAAUGACAGGUCACAUGACCCUGAUCUUUGACCACCUUUGGCUACAUCCUAAUUCAAACAAGGAAAACUGUUGUUUUGAUCUCACUAUAACUUCCUUACUGUGUUUUUUCUCAUGUAUUUAAACAAACAAACAAACUGAUUAAAUAAUUUGAUGUUAGAACA